AUGUCAUCUGUCAAUGACACCAAAUUCAAAUUUGCAGUGUUCCUUCUCACCGGGAUACCUGGGCAGGGAGACAUCUAUCUCUGGAUAUCUGUCCCCUUCUGCUUCAUGUAUGUUAUUUCUAUAGUAGGAAAUUCAGUUAUUCUUUUCAUUAUAAAAACAGACCCAAGCCUCCAUGAGCCCAUGUACAUUUUUUUUUCCAUGUUGGCCGUCACAGACUUUGGCUUAUCAAUGGCCACCAUGCAGAUGAUACUGGGCAUAUUCUGGUUUGAUUCUAGGGAAAUCAGCCUCGAUACCUGUUUUGCCCAGCUGUUCUUCAUCAACAUGCUUCAAUGCAUCGAAUCUUCCGUGCUCUUGCUAAUGGCCUUUGACCGCUUCAUCGCAAUCUGUAACCCACUGAGAUGUGCUUCCAUCUUAACCCUGCCAAGAAUUGCCAAUAUGGGACUGGUGUUUGUGCUAAGGGGAGUGGUCCUAAUAUUCCCACUCCCUUUUCUCGUGAAAUGGUUCCGAUACUGUCGAGCCAAUGUCCUCUCCCAUUCCUACUGGCUGCACCAGGAUGUCAUGAAGAUGGCCUGUGCGAAUAUCACAGUCAACAUCUAUGGCUUGUCUGUUGCACUCUUAACAAUGGGGUUGGACUUCCUGCUCAUCUUCCUCUCUUAUGUGCUGAUCCUCAAAACAGUACUGAGCAUCGCGUCUUCCACAGAGUACCUCAUGGCCCUGAAUUCCUGUGUCUCUCACCUAUGCGCUGUCGUGCUGUUCUACGUACCAGAGAUUGGGCUGGCUCUGAUACACAGAUUCGGAAAUAGCUCUUCUCACUUUCUUCAGGUUCUUCUGGGCUAUGUCUACAUGAUGAUCCAGCCCCUGAUAAAUCCAGUCAUGUACAGUGUGAAAAGCAAACACCUUCGUGCAAGGAUAAUCAGGGCAUUUGUGAAGUGA